UUCUCUCUCUCUCUAAGUAUGUCUCUCUCUCUCUCUAUGUGUCUUUUUCUCUCUCUGUCUCUCUCUAAUCACUAAUUCAGUGACUAAUUCUCUGGCACUAAUUCAGAAAACAAAACAAAAUAAAUCAAACAAGAUAGUAUGGAGCAUCCCAUGAAACGAAGUGGUGAUAGAUAAGAUGAUAUGUAAUAUUUUGACCAACGGUUUAUAACUGAUUGUGUCUCCUCUGGCAGUCAUUUUCCCCUGUAAUCCAUUUUGCAAAAGCACAUUGUUUCAACAUUCCAAAUAUGUCCAUUAGCUCAAAAUAGGUUGGGAAAAUUGUAAGAUUGCACACAUUUUAAAACAGUCUGGAUGUUUUAGUUGCCUUCAGGUUUUUACCAUCACUCAAGGGCAGUUUGGCCAUGAAGUGGAAUGUAGGGUCAUUGUAAGAUUGCAGGACCUUGGAUAGCUCCAUGCAGACAAUUUGUUCAAUAAAAAUUGGAAUGCAGUUUGGCCUUUUAUCCAUCUUGACUACACAGGCUAUUGCUGGCUUCAUGAAAAAUGGAGGGAUUUUAAUGAGACAGUUCCCUGACCCAGAACUACCAUGUCACUGCUUUUCAGUUAAUUCCCAACCUGACCUUUCCUGUGAUUUUUUUUUAGGUAAUCUGACUCAUUGGAUGCUAUAUUAGGGGUUUCUGGAUGCAGAGCCCUCCUGACCGAUAGACUUCAGCUCAAAAUUGUUGAAAGAUGCUUUAUCUGGAUGUAGCACCUCUGUAGCUAUUUUGCCACUAAAGAUUUAUAGUGUCUUGAAGCAUCAUCUGACUGCUGUCUGUUGUUAUGCCAGUGUGGCAGGAUUGACUGGAAAAAUGUCCUGCAAGAACUCGUUAGCAGCCCUUUUCUGUCUUUAUCGGAGUCUUUGUUGCUACUCAAGGUUGGUGGGGUCAUGACAUCCUGCAUGAAAGUCCUUUGCACAUUCAUGCCAAAUGCUAGGUCUCUCCAUCUAGUGUGUAAAGGACUCAAGAACUCCUCCUUUUAAGUCUCAUCACUCCUCAUUGCUUUAAGGUUUAGGGAAAUUUCCUGUGUCUUUGUUCUUUCCUAUCUUCUUGAAUAGGAAAGGCAAGUGAAGAGAAGGACCAACUUUGUGGAGCCAUCACGUCAAGCAUUUGCCUGAAAAUGCUAUAGUGGAACAAUGGACAGCCCCUACUCGCUACUCCCUCCAGCUGUCAUCAAAGGAUAGCUGUACCCACUUGAACAUGAAUAAAACUCUGUAUGCAAUUCAGGAUCCUGCUUUAUGAUCACAGGUCAUUGUAGAGCCGUGGUGGCGCAGUGGUUAGAGUGCAGUACUGCAGGUUACUUCUGCUGAUCACCGGCUGCCAGAAAUUUGGCAGAUUGACUCUCACCAGGCUCAAGGUUGACUCAGCCUUUCAUCAUUCCGAGGUGGGUAAAAUGAGACCCAGAUUGUUGGGGGCAAUAUGCUAAGUCUGUAAACCGCUUAGAGAGGGCUGUAAAGCACUGUGAAGUGGUAUAUAAGUCUAAGUGCUAUUGCUAUUGUAGAGAUGUGCUUGCAUUUCAGCAAAAACAAUUACAAUUCCUUGUAUGAUCUCUCAGCUGGAUGUAUAGUAUUUAGCUUUUGCUUAAAUGAUGCCUAUUCCCAGAAACUCUAGGUGGACAAAUACCACAGGAAGCCCCCAAUACAUAAAAAUUUAGAAACAAACAAGUACAAAGACCAUGAAUUUAGAAGCCUAACCUUCUCCUGUGCAGGGCAUAGAUCAGUCAGAUAGAUGUGGAGGUGGCUCUGAAUAUGUAACUCUAUACUGUACCCAUUUUCAAGUCUUCGCCUCUUCAGAUCAAUUUUGGAAGAGGGCUUUGCUCCUUUGGAUAAUUCCUUGAACCCAACUAAGACAUAUAGUAUAUUUAAAUGGAUUGCAUAUACAGAAAAAUGUGGUGGGUUGCUCUGACUGUUAAAUAAUUUUCUUGAUCCUUUGCAGAUGAGGCUCACAGUUGCAAUUGUUUUGCACCUCUUUCACAUGUUCCCUCGAUGUUUCUUUCAUCUCUAAGAAAGAACUUUGCACUUCUCUCACUUGGCUGCUGUCUUACAUAGCACAUAAUGUGCUUUCUCACAACCUCUACACUGUGCUUUGUAUUCCCCACGAUCCUGUAGCUUUGGAGGAGCAUUUCAAAGAUGAUGAUGAUGGCCCAGUAUCAAGUCAGGGAUAUAUGCCAUAUCUCAACAAGUAUAUCUUGGACAAGGUAGCAGAAGGAGCUUUUGUCAAGGAGAGUUUUGAUGAACUUUGUUGGACAUUGACAGCAAAGAAGAAUUAUAAUCCAGAUAGGAAUGGGAACAGUGUUGUAUCCCAUGGAGAUGCUUUCAAACUAUGGUGCCUCUUUAACUUUCUCUCUGAAGACAAGUACCCUCUUGUUAUGGUCCCAGAUGAGGUGGAAUACCUCUUGAAGAAGAUAUGUACAGCUAUGAGCAUUGAGCUUAAUAGUGGGGAAUUAGAUGACUAUUUUUCCCAAGAGACCCAGCAACAGAAUGGUUUGACAGUUUGGCAAUUUCUUGAUUUGGUAAACUCUGGCCGAUUACUGCGUGGAAUUGAGCGUGAGGCCAUUAGCAUGGCCAUUGAAGAGGUUUAUCAGGAGAUCAUUGGGGAUGUGCUCAAACAGGGCUAUUUGUGGAAGAAAGGCCACCUAAGAAGGAACUGGUGUGAGCGAUGGUUUACCCUGAAGCCCAGUGAUCUCUCAUAUUAUGUGAGUGAAGAACGUAAAGAAAAGAAAGGGAGCAUUUGUUUGGACAGAAAUUCAUGUGUGGAGAUUUUGCCUGAUAAAGAUGGGAAACGUUGCAUGUUCUGUGUGAAAACAUCUUCACGGACCUAUGAAAUGAGUGCCUCAGAUACCAAGCAAAGGCAGGAGUGGACAUUGGCCAUCCAGAUGGCAAUCCGUCUCCAAGCAGAAGGUAAGAAGUCUCUGCACAAGGACUUAAAACAGAAGAGGAGGGAGCAGCGGGAGCAGCGAGAACGAAAGAAGGCUGCCAAGGAAGAGGAAAUGCAACGCCUGAAGCAGCUUCAGGAAGAAAAGGAGUGCAAGCUGCAGGAACUGGAGCUGCUCAAAGAGGCUCAGAAGCAAGCAGAACUUUUACUCCAGGAAGAAGAGCAACGGCGCCAGCAGCAACAUGAGGAGAUGCAGAAGAUGUUGGAAAUUCAGCUCCAGGAAGCAGAACAGGCUCGGGCUUCCAUGCAAGCAGAGAUGGUUCUAAAGGAGGCAGAGGCGGAACGUCAACGCAAGCGCAUCGCAGAGCUGGAAGACAUGCAGCAACGACUCCAAGAUGCUCUGCAGCAGGAGAUUAAAGCUCGUCAAGAUGAAGAGGCUGUGAGAUAUGAACAGGCCAGAUUGCUGGCAGAGGAGGAGGAAAAACUGAAGCAGUUGAUGAAAUUGAAGGAAGAACAGGAGGAAUAUAUUAUCAAGGCCCAACAUGAAAAACUGGCUCUCAAGCAAGAGAUGGAAAGCAAGAGCAAGUUUCUGGAAGAAACUAAACUGCAGUUGGAAGAAGUCAGAUUUAAUAGGGAGAGGAUGGACCAAGAUGUCAUGAUAGCCCAGCAGAAGCUCCAGCAAGCCAGCACCAAUGUAAAGCACUGGAAUAUUCAGAUGAACCGACUGAUGCACCCCAUUGCUCCAGGAGAAAAGCGUACCAUGACAAGCGGAGGAUUCACUGGCUUUAAUCCUGCAAUCCUGUCCAAAAGAGAGUCAUCUGUCAAAUUGAAACAAAAUAUGGAAAAAAAGAAAUCAGAUCUUGAGACGAAUGAAAGCAAAGAAAACGUAAAUGGAGAGACAGAGAAGCAGAUGCCGAUGUCAGAAAAAGAUGAUUCUGGCUCAGAAAGCCCUUGUUUAGCUUCAGAAGAAAAAUAAACCCACUUAAUUGAAAUCUAGGGACCAGAAUAUAAGUGUCAGGGCAGCUUAAUGAUUAUUAUAGUUUAUAAAUAGUGAACAUAUGUAAAGAUUGUACAGGGAAGAAUUGUGAUGAUCUCUGCAGUUAAGCCACACAGUGCUAGAAUUAACCCUACAGGUCUACACAUACACAUAUAAAUAUUGCUUCCUGAUUGAAACUUCAGAAGUAUGAUUUAAAUAUGGGAUUAUGGUUUCCCCAAAGCAUGCUCUAUUUGGUUUCAGCAGAUGAAAAAGAGUUCUGGUAAUGCUGUAUCCUAUUAUGGUAUUAAAAGUUCUAACAGUUGGUGGUCACAAUACCCACUGCUGUAAUAUGCCAAGAAUUCUGUCAUUCUCUCUAAAAAUAAUAAUAAUUGUAAAAUGUAUUGUCUAAACAUGUGUUAUAAAAAUGGAGUCUUAUUCUU